GGUGUACACGGACAGUAGUGGACCACGAGUGGGCCCCUCGAUCAAUUAGUCGGCUAUCGUGACUCGAGCCAGCUACACACAUACACGCACGCACGCGACGCGGUACUUUUUUUUUACGGGGUAUUAAUUUUUUUUUCCUGUGCUACGAUCGAGUGGGUGAGGUGCAUAUAAUUGGGUGUAUAAAAUAAAGUGUGUCCGUGCACGGUAAUUCUUAAUACAUUGUGCCUACGUCGUUCAAGAGUGCUGUUAUGGUGUGAUCGGUGUAAAUAUACUUCGAAUCGAGCAGACCGGCGAAAGAAACCGCGACAAGUGCUCCUUUUAGCGAUAUAUUUAGCCUUUGAUCGAGCCUCACCGCAGCGGAGGGCAACGCUUCGUCUUCAACGUUAUUAAGUUUUUUGAAUAAAAAAGCAAACGCAGUACAUCAUGGAGAUGCACCACGACAAUCUUUAUCAGCUGGCUAGCCAGAAUCCGGUUACCACGAUCGAGGCCGGCAGCAACGAGUAUUACAACAUCCUGAUCGACACGGCGUCGGUUCAAAACGACGACGUGAGCUACCUGCAGGGCGGCCAGGUGCACACUCGGCUGGCCUCCCAGGACUACCAGAGGGAGACGAAUAACAACAAAAUCACGGCUCUGCCGCCGGUCUCGACGAUCACCGGCUCGCUGGGCCAUCUGACCACCGCCGGGGUCAUCGGGCGCGCCGGCAUCCGACUCCAAUCCGCCGGCAAUCUCCUGGAGAGCAGCAUUGCCGCCGCCAACCUCAACUUCUGGGCGACGGACGACGUGAAGAACGGCAGCCAACAACAGCAGCAACAGCAGCAGCAGCAGUACGGAGGUAGCGGCAGCGAGGUCGACAAGUACUGCUGGACGACGGCCGUCGUCGACGCGGACGGCUUCCAGCAGCAACCCGCCCUCGGGCAGAACACCGACGGCUCGAUUUACACCCUGACCGUGCUGGAGAACAGCGAGCCGAGCUCCAUGGACGGCCUCGACUGUCGAAGUCCCAACUCGGCCUGCGUCACCGACAACUGGAUGCGCUCGAAUCAGCUUGGGGACUUCAACAUGGAGUCGAUCUUCAACAUGGAGGACGCCACGGCCAUGUCGGAUCACAUGAGCGUCGCCGUCGGCUCGGUUACCGCGAAUAACGUCGUCGUCAUUGCCGAGCAGCACCAGCAGCACCAGCAGCAUCAACAGGUCGUCGCGGACGUUGGCAACGGCGAGCACUAUCCCAGCUCGACUCAAGCCACGACCUUCGUCUCGACCACUCUCAGUCCGGCACAAGAAUCCGGCGACAACAACAACGACUGGAAGCUGUCCGACAGAAACAAUGCGGAAGAGCAGCAGCAGCAACAGCAACAACAGUCGCAGCCACAGACGGAACCUCAGCAAGAACAAACACAGCAGCAGCAGCAACAAAGCACCGAGUCGGCCGACGAGAGCCUACUGCGAAACGCGCUGCAGGGCAAGAUCUACUCGAACAGCGUGGCGGCGGCUUGCGGCUCGCAGGUGUUGCGAUUCUUGGCGCCGGUGCGCGCCGAGCCCGGCACCGAGAUCAUUUCCAACGAUCUGAUUCUUUCGCAACUGGAUCUGUCGAGCGGCGUCGACUGCGCCGCCAUGGAGUCUUACUGCAAUCUCCAGCCGGUCUGCAACUCGACCGGUGACCAGCAGCAGCAGCAACAGCAGCAGCGUCAACAGCCGACGGUUCAGCAGCUCGUCUACACCUACGAUCCGUCCAACGACAACCUGGGCACCAUCACGAUGGCCGCCGCCGAUCUCGUCAGUGCCAUCGUCGUCCAAACCCCGCCCCAAGUAACCCAAGAUAUCUCGACGAACGCAGUGAUGGAAUGCCAGCCGAUAGCGGAGAUGGAGCCGAACUUGAGCACCAACAGCAACAGCAGCAACGGCAGCAGCAACAACAGCGGCAAGAGCAAAAAGCCCCCCGGCAAGAAGUACCAACGCAAGCCCAAGGCACCGAAAGGAAAAGCCAACAGCAACGUCGCGGUCGGUGCUGCCGGCGGCCAGAACGCCGCCAACGGGGUCGACGGUGGCAAUCCAGCGAGUACAGACAGCAGCGGUGCCGCCGUCGGCUCCAGCAGCACCACCGGCGGCAGCACCACCGGCCGUCGCUCGGUCUCACCUAAAAGCGGUCGCAAGGAGCGAUCCCUGCACUACUGCUACAUCUGCCAAAAGGGCUUCAAGGACAAGUACAGCGUCAACGUGCACGUGAGGACCCACACCGGCGAGAAGCCAUUCAGCUGCAGCCAUUGCAGCAAGUGCUUCAGGCAGAAGGCCCAUCUGGCGAAGCACUAUCAGACCCACAAGAACCCAGAGAAGAACGGCAGCGGUCGCAAGCAGGCCAACAGCCCGAGCUCGACCGUCACGUCGUCCGUCGUGCAACAGCAGCAGCCACAGCCACGACAGCCGCAUCAGCAGCCACAGCAGCCACAGCAGCAGCAGCAGCAGCAGGUCCCAACCAGCGACUCCGUCAUCUACGAGGCGACCAUCAACGAAGUCGCCUCGGCCGAGACAGAUGAUAUCCUCGACAGUUAGAUACGUACUCCAAGCGCAGACUAUCAUCGACUGACCGCGGCUGCAGCGACAAACCCAUAGAUUAAGAAAAUUUUUAUAUCGCACGUUGCGCGUUUUUUUUUUCUAUUGUGGUAAAAAAAAAACGCAUCGUGUUAAAUGUUAUCGUAAUUUUUUGCACGGCGAUCACUGGUCGACAUAUACUUUUAUGAUAUAGUUACCAAACUAUUCGACGCCAAUGUUGAUCGUAUACAAAAUGAAUGAAUUUUAAAAUAAUGCCAAUGUAAACGAUCCCACAAGACAUUGGUCUUUUUUAUCGUAAUUAUAUUCUCGAUCGUUGCGUAAUUGUAGAUUUAUAUUUGUUUGUUUAUUUAUUGAACGUGGAGAUAAUUUAAUAGGUUUAUGUAGAAACGCAAGCACGAACAAGCAUAAUAUAAAAAAAAAUAUGAAUUGUUGCGAAUUCGAUGGGAAAGAUCCUCGUGUACAUCGGUGACAUGCCAUUUCUAAACUACGUAUUCGGAAAAUAUGAUACGUAACUGUACAUCUCGUUGAGAUUAUGAAUGCAGCUGGCCUUGAUUCAUAAAUCAGGUGCUGAUAUGCAUGCGCGUCACAUCUUAACGUGAACGAGCGUCGCUCGCGCUCGUGAUUUUCAGUACAAAAGUGACAAUUUAUUUACAUUUACUUUUUUUUAUACUUACACGCUCAAUUAUGAAUAUUGCUCCCAUUUGUAUGUAUAACGUGUAUUUAUGCCGUAGUUAAAUAUGCUUUCUCUCUGUCGAAAAUAAAAGGACAUCCGACUUGCCCAGCAAUAUGUGUCGCAGUUUUUUCAAAGAGACGAAGCGAGUGAUAGCCCAUUUUUUUAAUUUACAUACGCAUAGACUGAGAUUCUUUCUCUUUCAUUACACGUAUUUGUAGAUUUAUUGCAUUUUUUUACAAAUAUUUACUAUAGAUUAUCAUACUUAAGCAUACAGUUUAUUAACUUUUAAAGUAGUAGUAUUUGGAAGUGGCCCGAGCCAACGAACGAGGCGUGAAAAGUUAAAUGAUAUAUUGCGGGUGUUUUUGCGGAUUCAGGAGUAUAAAAUAUAAAAAAACAGGGUGAAUAAAAAAGAUUAGAGUAAAAGUGGAUACCUUAAUAGUUAAAUGCAAUAUAAAUGAAUCGAGAUUAUGUUUUCCAAUGAUUCAGUUUGAAAUAAUGGUUACAAAUUAGUAACUGAUUGAGAGGAUCAACUUGAAAAUUAUUAUAGUUAUAGAGUAUUGCUAAAAUUUAUACAUGUUGUUCCUAUAAAUUGACUUGCGCGCUAACAAAUAUAAAAUGAAAACUUGUUUUAUAAGCAAAAUGGCUGAAAUAGCUCAAUUUAUAAUUUUAAUGAAAAAUGUACAGAAUUGUUAAUUUUGUUCAAGGUAAUACUCAAAUUCUUUUUAAGAAAAAUACCAUAAUCGGUUCCGUCGAUUCUAUACUCAUAUAACUAUUGUAUGUGAAUGCAUAGAUAUAUAACUAGAACUGUGAUCUAGGAACAUGUACGAUAAUCGCGGAAUAAAGUUAAUCGAGAUUCGCAUAGAAAGUGUAUAGUUGUAUCGGUUAUAAUAUUAUUAAACUUCGGCUACGUGCUGAGAAAUUUAAAAAUAAUUGUCGAGUUUUCAGAGCGAUUACAAAUUCAAUUUAAUCAUCUUAUUUCUUGUAAACCGUUUGUGAAGUUUUAAUGAAGAAAAACGUGUCGUUUGGCAUAUAAAAAAUUGCCCAUGGAAGACUGAAGAAAACUUGGCAAACUUUUGAGAAAAGUUUAUCGUAAGCUUUGUGAUUUAAAGAAUUAUUUAUCUUUUCUGAAAUUCUAUUCCAACUUUAUUUUGUAUUCGCAUUUUUGAAGAAAAAUUCAAAUGUAAAAUAUUCAGUUAGUGAUAGUAAAAAAUAGAAUUUUUAAUCUAUUAAUGUGUUUUAAGAUAAAAAAAAGUCAUAUUUGAUGUUCACAAAAUACUUAGUAAAAAUGUGCUCGAAUAUUUAGUAUGCGACUGAACUGAAGGUUUUCAUUUUACAAACAUGUAUUUUUGUAUAAAAAUUCAAUCAAUAAUGUGAUAGUUUCGAUUAUUGAAAAAAAUUCAUGAAUUUUUGAAUUGUACAUACUUUUACAGAAAUAAAGCGAAAAAAAUAAGAAUGAAAACAAAUGAGAAAAGGAAACUUGAUUAAAUUAACACAUACUUGGUGACCUCUCAAAUAAUAUGAUUAUUUUAUGAUCCUAGAUACCAUGACAUUUUAUGAGAUUAACGUUUGAUAGUCUAGAGUAAGAAAUGUAAGAACAAUUUUAUUUUUUAUCGCCGAGCAAUGAAAAUAUUUCCAAUGCAAACAGUAGACAUCGCAAUUUUUCCAUGAGAACUUCUGGAAUUUAGUGUGCGAAUAUUUUGAAUAUUUGAUUAAGAAAAUUAGAAAUCAAAACAUCUCAUGAUUGCCGAUA